UGCCAGUCGGUCUCUUCCAGCUGAAAGAGAGAGGGGGCCCGCUCGCUCUACCCGCUCAAUUCCCUCUACACUCCACAAAGUGUUUGUGUUUUACCUGUGUAUUAUGAGAUAAAUACACCUCACCUGUACUGACGCCUACACCUGCCAAGAUGAGAAUGUGUAUGACAGCCUGUGUGGUGACAUGGUGGUGUCUGUGGCUGACUGUGGCAGGCAUGGAGGUCUGGGGAGGAGGAGAGGAUGGGGAAAGAGGAGGAAGAGAGGAGAGGUCCCUUCAGCAAAUCCCCUUAGGAACCUCAGGAUUUCCCUUACCUGUGGAUAUUGACCCCAUUCCUUCAGGUCCUCAUGUCACCAUGCCCCACAUCAGCUUCCGAGACAUGGGUAACCUAGUCCAACAAGCUGCUGUGGCCGUGAACGAGAGAUUUGAUACUAUUGAACCUGCCAUAUACCAGAGCGGGGCGCGGCAGGUCCCCGGCACGCCCGCCUGGUUCAUGGCCGCAUCACACAAGACCAAGGUUGUAGCCAAGAACAUCUCCAGAAUUGCUCUCAUCUCAGAGGAGGCCACCAAAUACACUGCACAACAAUUCCGGCUGGAGAGAGACCAGGUGAGCUAUGGCCUGCCUACAGCUGAUGUGCGGGGGACGGUGCUGGGCGACCAGUGCCCUGUGGAGGUGGACUUUCCCUGCCAGCCACGCAAAUACCGAGCCUUCAACGGUUACUGUAACAACGUGCAGAAUCCGAGGUGGGGCAAUGCCAACACUCGCUACCUCCGUUUCCUCCCGGCGGAUUAUGGUGAUGGAGUUGCUGUUCCUCGCCAAGCCGUUUCUGGUGACUUCCUGCCAUCAGCGCGAGCCAUCAGCCUGGCUCUGCACCGCGACCAUGACACACCCCACAAGUUUAUGACAUCUGUGGCUGCUGUGUUUGGCCAGUUCAUCUCCCACGACUUGGCACACACGCCCCAGAUGGCAGGCUACAUUGGUCAACGUCUGCGCUGCUGUGGCGUCAACUUCCGAGACUUUCACCCAGAGUGUUACCCAAUCCGGCUGCCAGACAAUGACCCGGUCUACUCCCCACUCAAGCAAAAGUGCCAAGAAUACAUACGGUCUGGCACUGCCCCCCGAACCGGAUGCACAUUGGGCCCCAGAGAACAGAUCAACCAAGUGACAUCCUUCAUUGACGGGUCGGUGAUCUACGGGUCCAGCAAGGAGGAGAGUGACGAGCUGCGUGCCUUCUCUGGCGGCCUCCUCAAGGUGCAGCGCGGCCCGGCAAACACCCAGAUACUCAUGGCCGACACCAACCAGAUUGACUGCAAGACCUCAGGAAGAUUCAAGUGUUUCAAAUCCGGCGACGUGCGGGUGAAUGAACACAUCGGUCUGGCUGCAAUGCACCAGCUGUUCGUCAGGGAGCACAACCGCAUUGCUGUCUUGCUUUCGGACCUCAAUGCCCACUGGACUGACGAGCAAGUGUUCCAAGAGGCACGCAGGAUUGUGGGAGCAACUCUGCAGCACAUCACCUACACUGAGUUCCUCCCCUCUAUUCUUGGCCAGGGCAUUAUUGAGAAGUAUGGCCUGGCACUGCAGUCAUCAGGGUUCUUUGCUGGGUAUGACAUCAACAUCAACGCUGGCAUUGCCAAUUCUGUGUCGUCACAGGCCCUCAAAUUUGUGGCCUCUCUCAUGCCAAAUACUGUGGCCUAUUUUGAUGAGGAGAAGGUGAAAGAGCGUCCCAUCACAGACACCUUCUAUGCUCCCUUCGACCUUUACGAGCCCAACAAGUUUGACCAGGUGCUGAAGGGCCUCAUCAGCUCCCACGCCCAGAAUGAGGACACUGCCAUCUCAGACUCCAUGACCAAUAAGAUGUUUGAGGAUGAGAAGACUGGGGUGGGGCUAGACUUGGCUGCUCAGAUCCUGCAGCAAGGGAGGGACCAUGGCAUAGCAGGCUAUAAUAGCUGGAGACACUUCUGCGGGUUGCCCAAAGCUGCCUCCUUCCAAGACCUCAGUGAUGUGGUGGGCCCAGAGAAUAUCAAGAAACUGCAGGGAAUUUAUAAGAGUGUGGAUGACAUUGAUCUGUUCACGGGAGGCCUGGCUGAGAAGCCAAACCGAGGGGCACUAGUGGGGCCGACCUUUGGCUGUCUAAUUGGCAGACAGUUCCACUACCUGAGACGAGGCGACCGCUAUUGGUACGAGAAUGACAUCCCCCCAUCCUCGUUCACUAAAGAACAACUGUACGAGCUCCGCAAGACAAGCCUGGCUCGGGUGAUCUGCGACAACAGUGACAAGCUACAGUAUGUCCAGCCCAAAGUAAUGCUGGAGGCCGACUCUUUCCUGAAUGCCCCAAUGGCCUGUCAGGGGAAAAAUGUGAAGGGAAUUGACCUGAAGAAGUGGAAGACAGCCAGCCCAAACUUCAUUAUCCCCGACAAGAUGCUGCAGGAGAGCAUUGAGCGAGCCAAGAGGGACAUUCUGAGCAUGAGGGACUCUGAGUGGAACCUAUGGGAAGCACCGCAUACACCAAAGCACCGACGCAAAAGACAAACAGCGCAUCAACCCAGACCCAGACCCAGACCAACACUGACUGCCAGCCAAAACAGACCCACCCUGGGCCGCCCUGUGACCCGAGGGCGGAGACCCGUGACCUCUGACCUGAUGCAAGCUCUAGUGGGACGCGGGUCACAGGAGGACCUAAGUCCGCGAGUGAUGAGGGAGGCGGAGGAGCUGCUCAGUGACUGUUUCAGUGUCGGGGUAAAGGCUUGGGGCGUCAUGAGGGAACAGGAACACCGACUGUGGCAGCGCAAGCUCACUGCUGACCACAAGGGGCCGCUGGGGUCAGCCUACGCCUUCAGCAAGCCCAAGGCACAGGCUGUCAAGAUAUCAAACUCUUCCUUCAUUCUCCAGUUUGCUUCGGCACGAUUUGUAAACAAUUUCCUCUCUGAAGCCAGGUCACGCAAGACUCGGGCAGCAGACGGCCAGCUCAAAGACAUCGAGUCAGGUUCCCCAAACAACGUACUGGAUUUGAUGGAGGUUCUGCCUAACAUUGACGUCAGCGAUAUCAUGGAAAUUCCUAGCGUGUUUGAGUGUGACGACCAGACACUGCCCUGCGACCACACUUCGCGUUUCCGCACAGCUACAGGGUGGUGCAAUAAUCUUAACUUCCCGUCCUUCGGCAAGUCGUUCAGGGCAAAAAGUCGACUCCUACGUCCUUCUUAUGAGGACGGUCUGUCUAAACCUCGCGUCACUUCAGUCACCGGCAAGCCUCUCCCUUCGCCUCGGCUCAUUUCCACCAACAUGCACAACGACGUGUCUGCACCGCAUGUCCGCUAUACCCUAAUGGUCAUGCAGUGGGGCCAGUUUAUUGACCAUGAUAUUAUUUUCACCCCCAUCAACAAAGGUUUCCAAGACUCGAUUCUGGAUUGCCGCAGAUGUGACUCUCCCCAGACAGUCCACCCUGAGUGUUUCCCCAUAGCCAUUCCUCAGAACGAUCCAUUUUUCCCUCCUGUCAAUAUAUCAUCAGGCCAGCCAUUCUGCAUCCCCCUCACCCGCUCCAUGCCAGGCCAGCUGACUCUAGGCUACCGGGAGCAAAUGAACCAAGUGACUGCCUUCAUCGACGCCUCUCACACCUAUGGCUCAGACAAGUGUGAGCAGCAGCAACUGAGGACCAAGUCGGACGGCAUGCUACGAGGCACACCCAACCCCCUGCGAGGCAAAGACCUGCUGCCCACUGAGAAUGAGAACCAUGAGUGUCAGGCUCCCUCUGGCCGGUGCUUCACUGGAGGAGACACCCGGGCCUCAGAGCAGCCUGGCUUGGCUGCGCUACACACUCUGAUGAUGCGUGAACACAACAGAGUGGCCGGGGAACUGAAGCGCCUCAACAAACACUGGAAUGAUGAGCAGCUCUUCCAAAAUGCCCGGCGUAUUGUGACGGCCAUCAACCAGCAUGUCACCUACAAUGAGUGGCUGCCAAGGGUGCUGGGCUGGAACGCUGUUAAUCUGUAUGAGCUUAACUUGCUGCCUGAGGGAUAUUCUGAAGAUUACGAUGCAUACUGCAACCCAACAGUGCUCAAUGAAUUUGGCAUAGCCUUCCGCUUUGGCCACUCUCUACUCAAGCCUUCCCUGGAGCGCAUGGAUGGAAUAUUUGCCAAGCGUGACCCUCCUGUCAAGCUGAGCGAACACUUCUUCAACCCAGACCUACUCUACCAGCCUGGGAUGCUUGAUGAGAUCAUCCGCGGCCUGACUACUGUGUCCAUGGAGACACUGGACCAGUUCUUGACAGAUGAGGUGACCAACCAUCUCUUUGAAGACAAGCGGCAGCCAUUCUCUGGCCUGGACCUGGCUGCCCUCAACAUCCAGCGAGGCAGAGACCACGGACUGCAGCCUUACAAUGAGUACAGGGCCCUCUGUAACCUGACCAGGGCAAGGUCGUUUGAUGACCUGCACAGGGAGAUAGCGAGGCCGGUGAUCGAGCGAAUGAAACGGACGUACGCACACGUGGAUGACAUAGAUCUGUUCACUGGUGGAUUGAUUGAGACGCCGCUGCACGGUGGACUGGUCGGUCCCACGUUCGGCUGCAUCCUCGGCAUUCAGUUUAGGAACCUCCGCCGCUGUGACCGAUUCUGGUAUGAGAAUGCUGACCCACUUGUGCGCUUCACCGACCCUCAGCUCACUGAAAUAAGAAAGGUGACACUGGCCAAGCUUCUGUGUGACAACUGUGACAAUGUGGAAAGUGAACAGCGGUCUGUCUUUGACCUCCCAGACCCCUUCCUGAACCCCCGAGUGUCAUGUCGCGACCUCCCCGGGGUGAACCUUGAGCUGUGGAAAGAGCGUGUGUCAUGUGGCGUAGGCAAGACUAACAUUGACAUAGGUGGAGCAGAACGCAUCUCUCCUUGUGUUAUGUGCACCUGUACCAAGGAAGGGCCUGUCUGCCAGAGCCUCAAGAUAGACAACUGCUUCCACCUGGCCCAGUCCUACAGUCCUGAGUCUAUUCUGAAUGACCACGUGUGCAAGGUGCAGUGUGCAUUUGCCUUCCGUGCCUUCCCACAAGUGGCCACUCAGGACUCCAACCAGCUCGGAUUUGCCAACAGUUAAAGAGCUGACGUCACAAGAAAUGGUUAGAGAAUAUUUUGCAAUGCCCCUAUCUUGUGAGGUAUGUUAGGGGUGGGGAUGCUCUCUCUCUCUCUCUCUCUCUCUCUCUCUCUCUCUCUCUCUCUGUCUGUCUGUCUGUCUGUGUAAGAGGCAAGUUUUGUUUUUGUUCAGCAGAUAUAUGGUAUAUUAUGACAGUAAAUUUGGGGUUGAGUGGUUGUAUUUAGCAAUGUCUCUCUGGAGUAAUGCUGUAAAUUUUUGUGUUUGUUUCUCCCUUGUAUGUAUGUAUGUAUGUUCCUCCUGCUCCUCCUCCUUGGGUUUGUGGAAGACUAUAACAUCUUACAGAAAAAAAAAAGAAAAGAAAA